AUGGCAGUCCGUGGGUUGAGUCGCACAUCGAACGCCCGGCAGCGAAUGUCCGACAAGCUCAAGGCCAUCAGAAUCUCAGCUCCGACCCAAAGUCAGCCAGCUUGGUAUCCGGAGGAAGGCGCAGAGUGUGUUGGCGUUCACGUUGCUACUUCCGUGUCGCCCGACAGAUUCCAUAUUGGCAAUACGAAGCGCGUGUCCGAAUUCUUCUCUGCCAAAGUCAGUAGUGUACUGUUUCGCCGAGGCGAUUCUUCUGCAAUUCGAAAGCACUUCGUGUUUGCUGGCACAUUCCUCCACGACAGACCGAGACAAGAUCGAACGCACCUCACCACAGUCAAAAAAUCCGCCGGCAAAUUCACAAUUGUGUCACAUCGAAUCCUUGACGACCUGCUACGAUACCAAGACCUAAUAAUAUACCACACGAACUCGUACGACCCAUCCGACUCGCUCUUGUCUGGGAACAUGGCCGCUUGCUCGCACCCAUCACCGGCAUCGCUGUUGACGGCAAGGCGACUUCUGAGGUAUCUGGGGUGUCUAGAGUGGUCAUAUGUGCGCACGGAGGUUCUGAGCGAUGGCAUCAACGACAUCUGCUGA